AUGGUACAAUCAUCUGUUUUAGGUUUUCCAAGAAUUGGAGGACAAAGAGAAUUAAAAAAAGCUACUGAAAGUUAUUGGGGAGGAAAAUCAUCUGUUGAAGAUUUAUUAAAAGUUGGUAAAGAAUUAAGGGCUAAAAAUUGGAAAACUCAAAAAGAAGCUGGUGUUGAUAUCAUUGCUUCAAAUGAUUUCUCAUACUAUGAUCAAGUCUUAGAUUUAUCAUUAUUAUUCAAUGCUAUUCCAGAAAGAUACACCAAAUAUGAUUUAGCACCAAUUGAUGUUUUAUUUGCCAUGGGUCGUGGUCUUCAAAGAAAAGCUACUGACUCUACACCUGCUGUUGAUGUCACUGCUUUAGAAAUGGUUAAAUGGUUUGAUAGUAAUUACCAUUACGUUAGAGGUACUUUUUCACAUUCAACUGAUUUCAAAUUAAACACCACUGGUGGUAUCAAACCGGUUGACGAAUUCAACGAAGCAAAAGCUUUAGGUAUAAACACUAGACCUGUCAUUUUAGGUCCAGUUUCUUACUUAUUCUUAGGUAAAGCCGAUAAAGAUUCCUUAGAUUUAGACCCAAUUUCUUUAUUACCAAAACUUUUACCAGUUUAUAAAGAAUUAUUAGCUAAAUUAAAAGAAGCUGGUGCUGAACAAGUUCAAAUUGAUGAACCUAUUUUAGUUUUAGAUUUACCAGAAUCAGUUCAAUCUAAAUUUAAAGAAGCUUAUGAUGCUUUAGUUUCAUCAGAUGCUCCAGAAAUUAUUUUAGCUACUUAUUUUGGUACUGUAGCCCCAAAUUUAAAAGCUAUUGAAAACUUACCAGUUGCUGGUUUCCAUUUUGAUUUAGUUAGAAACCCAGAACAAUUAGAACAAGUUGCUUCAAUUCUUAACGGUAAUCAAACUUUAUCAGCCGGUGUAGUUGAUGGUAGAAAUAUUUGGAAAACUGAUUUCACCAAAGCUUCUGAAGUUGUUAACAAAGCUAUUGAAUUAGUUGGUAAAGAUAAAGUUGUUGUCGCUACCUCAUCAUCAUUAUUACAUACUCCAGUUGAUUUAGAAACUGAAACUAAAUUACCAGCAGAAAUCAAAGAUUGGUUUUCAUUUGCUACCCAAAAAUUAGGUGAAGUUGUAACUAUUGCUAAAGAAGUAUCAGGUGAAGAUGUUUCAAAAGAAUUAGAAGCUAAUGCUGCUUCAAUUAAAGCAAGAAAAGAAUCAUCAAUUACAACCAAUCCAAAAGUUCAAGAAAGAUUAACCACAAUUAAUGAAAAAUUAGCUACUAGAAAAGCCGCAUUCCCAGAAAGAAAUGCAGAACAACAAAAAAAAUAUAAUUUACCUUUAUUCCCAACUACAACUAUUGGUUCAUUCCCACAAACAAAAGAAAUUAGAAUCAAUAGAAAUAAAUUUGCUAAAGGUCAAAUAACUGCUGAAGAAUAUGAACAAUUUAUUAAUCAAGAAAUUGAAAAUGUUGUUAGAUUUCAAGAAAAAAUUGGUUUAGAUGUUUUAGUCCAUGGUGAACCAGAAAGAAAUGAUAUGGUUCAAUAUUUUGGUGAACAAUUAGAUGGAUUUGCUUUUACAACCAACGGUUGGGUCCAAUCAUAUGGAUCUCGUUGUGUAAGACCUCCUGUAAUUGUUGGUGAUGUCUCUAGACCUAAAGCUAUGACUGUUAAAGAAUCAGUUUACGCACAAUCAUUAACUAAAUCACCAAUGAAAGGUAUGUUAACUGGUCCAGUUACUAUUUUAAGAUGGUCAUUCCCAAGAGAUGAUGUUUCAGGUAAAGUUCAAGCAUUACAAUUAGGUUUAGCUUUAAGAGAUGAAGUUAAUGAUUUAGAAAAUGCUGGUAUUACUGUUAUUCAAGUUGAUGAACCAGCUAUCAGAGAAGGUUUACCAUUAAGAGCUGGUAAAGAAAGAUCAGACUACUUGAAUUGGGCUGCUCAAUCAUUCAGAGUUGCUACUUCAGGUGUUGAAAAUUCUACUCAAAUCCAUUCACAUUUCUGUUACUCAGAUUUAGAUCCAAAUCAUAUUAAAGCUUUAGAUGCUGAUGUUGUUUCAAUUGAAUUUUCUAAAAAAGAUGAUCCAAACUAUAUUCAAGAAUUUUCAGAAUAUCCAAAUCAUAUUGGUUUAGGUUUAUUUGAUAUUCAUUCACCAAGAAUUCCUUCAAAACAAGAAUUUGUUUCAAGAAUUGAAGAAAUUUUAAAAGUUUAUCCAGCUGAAAAAUUCUGGGUUAACCCAGAUUGUGGUUUAAAAACUAGAGGAUGGCCAGAAGUUGAAGAAUCAUUAACUAAUAUGGUUGAUGCUGCUAAAGAUUUCCGUGCUAAAUACUAA